AUGGCGUUCAAGAUUGCCAUUGUCGGCGCCGGCCCAGUAGGUAAGCCAAGUAAUCCCGCCGCAUCAAAUCUUGACCCGCUGACAGCUGGGAAAGGAUGCAUGCUAGGGCGGCUGCUUCACCAGGCCGACGUGUCCGUGACCAUUUUCGAGGCCGAACCCGCGCCGGAUGACCGAUCCCAGGGCGGAUCGUUCGAUCUUCACUCCAAGACGGGGCUCGCGGCGAUCCGAGACGCCGGCCUGUGGGAGCAGUUCGUCCAGUGGGCAAGGUACGACAGCCAGGCGCUCGCCGUCGUGGACCGGAAUGCAAAGGCGUGGUUCAGCCUCGCCUCGCCUCGCGCCGUCAUGUCCAAGCCGGAGAUCGACCGCGUCCACCUCCGCCGCGUCCUGUACCAGUCGCUUCCGCAGGGCACGAUCCGCUGGGGCCAUCGGCUCGAACGGGUCGACGGGGACACGCUCGUGUUCCCAGGCUCCCGCGUCUCGGGAUUCCACCUCGUCGUGGGCGCCGACGCGGCAUGGAGCAGGGUCCGGCCAGCAGUCACGUCCAUCACGCCGGUAUACUCGGGCGUGGGCGGGCAUCAGCUCAAGAUCCCCGACGCCGAGGCCACGGCGCCCGAGGUGCACAAGCUGGUGGACAGGGGCACGGUAUUCGCGCUGGACGAGGGCAAGGAGCUUGGCCUGCAGCAGCUCGGAGACGGCGCCAUCACGGUCAGCUUUUGGACGGUCCGCCGCGAGGACUGGAGGGAGGCGAGCCCGCGUGUCGUGAGCGGCGGCGAGGCCGCUCGGCGGGCUAUCCUCGACGACAUGGAGGGCUGGCAUGGCACGCUGCGCGGCGCGGUGGACAAGGCCACGGCCGCCUGCCAGGCACGGUCGCUGUACAUGCUGCCCGUGGGCACGAGGUGGCAGCACAGGGAGGGGGUGACGCUGGUUGGGGAUGCGGCGCACCUGAUGCUUCAUUGCGCCGGCGAGGGCGUCAACUUGGCGCUGCAGGAUGCGAGGACGCUCGCCCGCGCCAUUAUACGCGCAUCAAGGGAGGGCGGGCCGGACGCCCUGGAUGGCUGUGUUGCCGAGUUCGAGGAGGACAUGUUCAAGCGCGCCAGGAAAGCGCAGGAGAUGACGGACAAGAUGAGAAUCGCAAGCUUCUACACCCCCUGUGCUCCGAGGGGAAGCAUGCCGGGCUGGGUCCUGGCCAGAGCCAAGUAUGACGUGCACCCGUUGGUGUACCCUCUGGCGUUUGCGUGGUUCCACGUAUUUUACCUGUUUUACAAGUUAUUCAAUGCCUAG